AUAUUACUCCAACUUAUAACUUGUGUAAAUAAUUUUUGUAAUUACACUUUCAUAUAAAAUGUGGAUAAAUAUCAAUUACAUCAUAUCCCAUGCAAGUUCGAUUUGUUAUUUUUAUUUUUUUAAACACAAAAUCCGAAUUAUUUUUAUGUAUAUGACUAUUAGUAAAAGAAAAUGCUAAUAUACUCCCUAAUAUAUUGGAUCUGUUUUUUUUCUUUCAACAAGUUAGAUCAGUUUAAAUAUAAAAAUGCUGAACUAUUUUCUAAAAAUUGUAAAAAGUAAGAAAUCACAUACAAACUAAAAGAGAUAAAUUUAACAAUUAAAAUACAUAAUCCGUGCGCAGCUUGGAAAAAAUAUUAAUCACAACAUAGAUAUAUCAUUUGUAUAUAGUAUAAGAAAAACAAAAAUAUUACAAAACUCAUUUGCAGAGAAAAUUUUGAAGCUGUGAAUAUGAAUAAUGAGAAGGAAUGUAUAUUUAUAGACAACCAUUUCGUAAAAGAAAAAAGUUGAAAAAAGGAUGCUCAUGCAUUGGGCCACCCAGCUUCCUCCUUUUAUUUGCAGAUGAAAAAUAAAUAACACGUAAAACUAAACUGCAUCCAGUGCUUUUAUUCUGCAUGUGUCCCGUUACACUCAAUGCCUAAUUCUUUCUAACUACUCCGAAACUCAAACGCACACGGAACCCGAUAAAACCAACUUAAGCACACUUGGGGUUCCGGGAGAGCAUUUUCUCGCUCAACUUUCUCUCGCUUAGAUAUAAACUUGUACUAUAAGUUAAUUAGCUUUAGAUUGGGUAAAUAUAUUUUCUUCUUUUCUUCGUCUCUCACCAUUUCUGCAGACUCCCAGAUAAAGAGAAGCUUCUUGGUGGAGAUCUAAAGAAGAAAGUAAGAAACUUUUACAACUAAUGGUUUUGUUGUAUUUGUUAUUUUUCCUCUAGAUCACUUUGUGUUUGCAUAGGAAGCUUGAUUUUGUUACAAAUCUCCUUAAGACUUUUCCUGUCUGAUUUUAAACGUAUGAAAGAUGGAAACUUUGUAGGGUUUUUUAUUGUUUCUUAUGUUCUUCUUGUGGUUGUUCUUUCAGAAACGAGAGACAGAGUUGAUUGGAGAAGGAGGAGGAAGAGGCAAUGGCGGCUAGGUAUUGGUGUUAUAUGUGUUCACAAGCUGUGAAUCCUAUCAUUGACGACUACGAGAUCAAAUGUUCUCAUUGCGGAAGCGAGUUCGUUGAGGAAAUGGGCGAAGAGAUUGAAUUCGGUAGAAGGUUUAGGAGGACAGAGUUUGGUGUGGAUAAUGAUGAGGUCAAUAUUGCUGAUGUUGAUGGAAAUGAUAAUCAUCGUCGUAGUCGUCAUCGAGACAGGGAACAUGAACGAGAGAUUGAAUUAGAUCGGGCUGCAGUAUUGCAGUUGAUUCAAGACACAGAUCGGAUUUUUGACCGCUUGCUUCAUAGUGUAGAUGAUGACGAUUCAAUAAGGCGACAAUGGACUCUUCCAGCACGAAAUGAAGCAGUGGAGAAUCUCCCAACGGUUAAAGUAUGUGAGCCGUUGACAUGUUCAGUUUGUUUGGAGGACUUUGCGAAAGGAAGUGAAGCUAAAGAAAUGCCAUGUAAGCACAAGUUUCACAUACAGUGUAUAGUACCGUGGCUUGAGCUUCACAGUUCGUGUCCUGUGUGCCGAUAUGUACUAUCUGACUUAAGUAAUGAGAACGUGGAAGCGGAUGCAAGGAACAAUUCGAUCUCUCACGGUACUAUCUGACUCCAAAGUACUCGCCAAGGAUUCCAGACCAGCCUUAUUUGGGAUAUUGUUCAACAUCUAUCACUUUAGUUCUGUUUUUGAGACUCUUUCGUUUUGUUUUGUUCCUUGGUUAGACAUUCUGUAAUUUCAAAUAUGAAAUUUUUUGUUUUCCAAAAAAGAACUAGUUUUAAGGAGUGAAACUCUGUAUUUGAAGUUUCAUUAUUCAAAACUUCAAAUUUGACGUUUUAUAUUUUUAUUUGCAUUUUGGUCAUUAUAAUUACACAUCACAUUUAUG